AAGAUAGGCCCACACCUCGUGACUGUCAGAUUCUUUUCGAUAUCAUAUCGUCGAGGGAGAGAUUUGUAAAUAUUACUUCUUCAGCGAACGUUGAAUAUUCAAGUCAACAACUAUUCGCUAAGAAAUUCACAAGAUGAGCCUGCGGUACGGCAGUCCUCCACCUCAACGUCCUAGCUCAUCAGAGGCAGACCCUCUGAUAGGGCCUGGCAAGCCUUACCGCCGCUAUCAAUCUCCCUGUUUCUAUGCAACACUAGUACUCCUCGCUCUUUUGAUUCAUGUUGCAAUCACGGGUUUCAUUUUCUCCAAGACCACUUCAAAUGACCCUUUAGAUCCGGAUGUUCGAGAUCGCAUUCGCAAGGCUUGGAACAUCGAACUUCGCCAGCACGAGAAAGAAGUUCUCGAGCACAUUGACACCCAAAAACGCUGGCUUCAAGAAGAUAAUGACAGGAUUCGUCUCCGCGAACAAUGGGGUAGGGAAGUGGAAGAGCACGAACGUGAAGUGGAGGAGAGACGGAAGCACGAAGAAGAAGAACGCUUGAGAUUGAAUAUGUUUUGGACGGACCCGACUUCCCACACGUGCACGACAUACGCCACUCGAGAGUACACUGCCCGACUGGUGAAUGUCCCGUCAUACUACAAUCGCCGUGUGGAGGCUUGCAUGGCCACAUCGAUAAAGAUCCAUGGGACUGAAUACACGCCUAAGUGGUGCGAGGAUCAUGGUCCAAACAAUGUAACAGCUCAUUGGGAAGUCGACCAGCAUGAGCCGGAUUGCGCGUCGUACUGGAUCUGGUACAAAGAUUUUGGCUGUACUUCGCCUGGAUCCGGUCAGCGACGCAUUGAACAUUACCUCGAGAACAUCCCGUCUGGAGGCGAUUGGAAGGAGUUCUGUGCUACCACUCCUGUAAGCUUCCGUGGAAUGCACUUCACGGGGGCACAGAUCUGCUUCAAAAAUAACGGGGCCACAUGGGGCCACUGGGUUUUCGAUGACGAGAAAUGCAAUUAGUCAAGUCACAAUGACGUUUCGAUGUUGGAUGAGGGGUGAUAUUGUCUUGGAAUUUUGAUGCGCUAUUUUUACUGUGCCAUUGAAUGUACUUGUACUCGCAUCACUUUAUGUAUUUUUUUGGGUCAUUAGUAUUCACCGUUUUGAGUA